AUGUCUACAAAGACUUCUACGGCCGCAACUACCUCAACGUCAUGCCGAAGAACGACUGCAUGCUCGACACCAUCUGCACGGCUAGCAUCGAGUUGGCCGAGAAGUUCGGCUUCGCCCACUCCGGACUCCAAGCUCCAUCGCUGCGCUAUACCGAGAAGCAGAUCCAGUGUGUCGUGCCGAAGGACGACGACCGCAAAUUCAGCACACAGGAAUGUGCAGACAUGCACGUCAAUUUCGAUCCGGACCUCCUUGGAGGAUUUGCGUCUCCGUCGAAGUCGCCGCAGAAAGGAAACGCCAACUCCAAGUCGAAACCGAUGA